AUGACCACUGUCAGCCCCCUCUCCAGCAAAGAGUCCUUCGCCGCCGCCCUCGAAGCAGCCUUCAACAGUCCCGAUGCUUCACUCGAAGAAAUGAUCCUCAACAUCUACGUCAAAGAAGCUGUCGUCACCGUAAACAUGAAGCGGAUGACAUGGGACGAGUUCAUCCCGUACAUCAAAGCCAUCCGCGCCAGGACGACGUCUGUCGAUAUCAAAUCACAUUACCUUUUGCGGGACGGAAACCUGUUUUCCGAGAGACACUCUGCGUAUGGCCACGGAAAAGAUGGGACGGAGACGAAUGCGGAGGCGAUGCUUAUGGGCGAGGUGAAUGAAGACGGCAAAGUGAUUUGGCUGGAGGAGAUUGCCAUUCUCAAUUCAGAUGCGGGCUCGGCUGCGUCUAAAUCUACGUAA